GGGAUUCAUUCGUCCUCGUUUCACCAGAAUUAUGGGCGACUACCGAAAAAAUAGAAAACUGCCGAUCAGCCUCGUGGGCUCGCGAUCUAAUCAUGAAUGAUCUCAUUGUUCUUUUUAAAAGACCUGAGGCCUGAGCACAAACCCGAUCUCGAUUUCGAUCCCUCGCUUCAAAUAGUCACGUCAGGCCAUGGAACCGCCAUCAAUCCCAGAUAAUCGUCCUCACAAGAGACAUUCCGCCAUGUCUUCUACGCCCACUAUUGUUGAGCCGGGCGACUUUAACGCGCAUUUCAAAACCUCGGCCCAUAAUUACUCACGCUCGCAUUCCCCAGCACAAGCAUAUGAACCGCUAGCGUUUGGCCAGCCGGCCAUCGGGAGACCGCCCGUGGGAUCGCAAGAGAGAUCGAUGCCUGGAUUCAAUACCAAUGGUUGCUCUAAUGGCAAUUAUAAUGGCGAGAAACCUUCACGCAAACCCUCCAUCGACCAGGAAUCAGUCGCAGAUUCAGUUGCGACCCUAGAUCUGGGCUAUCACGCUAUCGGCCAGCCACCACGACGGAACGAGAAACACUCCUCAACCUCAACAGGCAAUCAAAGCUUUGACCAGCGAUCUCUCAGCGCCCUCUCUUUGGAUCAACAGUCUGUCGGAAACCAAUCGCUAGGCCACCAUUCUAUAGGUGGGCCACCGGGUGGCUAUCUCUCAUCACCGACUUCCCCCACUCGCGAUGUCCACUCGUCUGCCUCAAACAGGUCCCUACAACGCAACUUUAUUGCCAACGAACUCCCGGUUCUUCAGCAGACGAAUCCCAAUGAGGGCUCUGAGCAAUUCAACCCCAUCAUUGAAGAAAAUGAGGAAGCAUCUUUUGAUCUGGUCGCUCCAUACGAGGACGAUGCAGCCCCACUACAUACUCUGGAGCGACAAGCGGACCUCAUGUUCUGCUCGGACCAUAUGCUAGCGAUUCUGAGCAAUCCGCGCUACCUCGCGCGCUUCCGCGAGUUUCUCGCCCAGGAGCGUCCACGGUCAUUUUCGACCCUGACUUAUUAUCUGAAUGCUUCUAAAUCUCUCAAAGCAAUUCAGUAUGCUAAUGCGCUCGUGCGUUUGUCUGUCGAUGUGCCUACAUCCGGUAUUGAAACUGCAGAGCACCCCAUUGGCCCGACUGUAAAUAUCGCCCUUGAACAGCGCGUGCAGGCAGCCCUGAAUGCUUUGACGGCCGAGGAAUUACCUGCUUUCAUUACCUCGACCUGUAUCAACAUUACCGGCAAGGUAGUCGAGGAGCGCGUGCGCGGAACCUUGCCCGAUAAGUUCCAGGGAACGGCAGAUGCACUGGCUGAGGUAUUCUGUCUGACUGAUCCAUCGAGGCCAGACAAUCCUAUUAUCUUUGCUUCUGGGGAAUUCCACCGCACCACACAAUAUGGCAUGGACUACGUCCUAGGGCGAAACUGUCGAUUCUUGCAAGGACCAAAGACGAAUCCCAACAGUGUUCGACGAAUCCGCGAAGCGCUCAAAGCUGGGCGACACCACUCCGAGCUUUUCCUAAACUAUCGCCGCGAUGGCUCACCGUUUAUGAACCUUCUUCAAAUGGCUCCGCUAUGCGACAGCCGCGGCAACAUCCGCUACUUUAUAGGCGCUCAGAUCGACGUCUCCGGACUCGCAAUGGAAGGUGCACAAAUGGAAUCCCUCCAAAAUAUCAAAGCGCAGAAGGAAAACCCAGAGACAGGCGGCCAAAUAACUAAAGAAUCAAAGAGCGAGUUCCAAGAACUUGGCGAACUGCUCAGUCCCCGCGAGCUGCAGAACGUGCGCGAGCACGGCGGAAACCUUUUCCAGCCGAUCGUCAACGAAGAUGCCAACCACCGUCUAUUCCUACAAGACUCCGACACCGAGAGCGAGAUACACACCCCAUCCCAAGGACCACCGAACCCCAACCCCACACCGGGCCCGGCUCCUAGUCCGUCCUUGACUGGUGUCUACAGACACUACCUCCUCGUCCGCCCGUACCCUUCCCUCCGCAUCCUCUUCACCUCCCCCUCCCUCCAAAUCCCAGGCAUGCUCCAAUCCUCAUUCCUAAACCGCAUAGGCGAGACCGGCACGAAACGCGAUAAUAUCAUCAACGCCAUGAUGGCCGGGCGAAGCGUCACGGCGCGCAUCAAGUGGAUGACAAAGUUCAACGACCAGGGCCGUCAUCGCUGGAUCCACUGUACGCCCUUGCUGGCGAAUAACGGGCAGAUCGGUGUGUGGAUGGUUAUUGUUAUUGAUGAUGAUGAGGAACAUUCGGUUAGAUGGCAGGGUAAUUGGCCGACUACUUAUUAGAUGGUCCUGUCAAAGCAUUUGUAUAUGUAUUCUAUAUUUUAUCUGCAUAAAUCUGGAUUUCGU